CUCACCCUGCGAGGCGAUAACACUUUGGUUUAUGCCACAAGCAGCAACAGUCUUCGCCACAACAGGUGGAGCUGCACCGACUUCCUUCGCCACUUGCUGACUGGACCACAUCCUUUGCCAAAGAGAAUGGGCAGCGAAAAUGGUGGAGUUUGUUGCCGCCGAUUGCUGCUGGUCGCGCUCGCCUUGCACUGCUGCCGCGCUUCGGCCGCCCCCGAAGGCACCGAGGUGUCGUCGGCGGCCGCCCCCGAGCACCAGCACGAUGCUGCGGCGUCGGCGGCCGGCGAGGAGGACGACCUCGACUGGCAGUACCUGAGCAACAACGCGAUUCCCGCGGUCAAUAAGCGCGCCUACUACGUGUCCGAGUACAAGAGACUGCCCGUGUACAACUUCGGACUGGGCAAACGCUCGCCGCCGCCCAACAACAAGUACUACGCCUUUGGCCUCGGCAAACGCGAGCGCGGCGGCGGCCGCCAGUACUCGUUCGGCCUCGGCAAGAGGCCAAACAACCUCUACUCGUUCGGCCUCGGCAAAAGGUCCAUGGACUUUGCUCCGUCUGACAACACGUUUGACGACGACGAGACAGAGGAGGAAUUCGACGCGUCCUACGAAGACGAGGACAGUGACGAGCUGAACGAGGACAAACGUGCCGCCGGUCCUUACACCUUUGGUUUGGGCAAACGUUUCGGCAAAAACCCGUACAGCUUCGGAUUGGGCAAAAGAGCGCCGAGCAAAUACAGUUUCGGCCUGGGCAAGCGGUUGACGGGCGGCGGUGGGCGGCAGUACAGCUUCGGUUUGGGCAAAAGGACGAACAGGCAAUACUCAUUCGGACUGGGAAAGCGGGAAAUCUCGACGGAGGAGCUGCAGGCCUUCCAGCAGCAGCAGCAGAAAACAAGAAUGUUGGCCAAGCCCAACUAGAAGAAAACGCACAUUUUCAAACACAUUCAAUUCAUAGACACUUUCCUGCGCUCUCUUGUUGUUCUUCUCCUUUCUCUCUCCUCUCAAUGUCUGUCAUUUAACACUGAGAAAACUCUAGCAAAAACCUUAUCGUCAGCAGCAGAGAGCAGGUGAAGAGAAAUCGAUGUGACGAAAGACGUGAAUAUUUAAUUAUGACCUAAGUAAAUGUUAAUAAAAAGAUUAUCUUUGAAUUAUUGAAUCAUCACCAGAGAGAAAGAGAGCAAGCGUUACUUAUUGAUCGGCUGAAAGUCUGUUGGCUUUUAAAAAAAAUCCUAUCCAUAUAUUAAACUGACGAUUGAGAGAGUUGAUUAAAAUUAUUAAAUGGAGUUUUAGUCUACCUGAACGCACGUGUUCUUUAUAUUAUUUCUGUACCAUCAGCGUUGUGGCCACUUAUUUUUAUCAAAUAAACCAACAUUGUUUCUGA